GGGCCAAACGUAAGAUCGUAGAUGAUGAAUAUGAUGAAUUGAAUAGCUAUCUUAAACGAAUUAAAGAGGGACCUUCACCGUCAGAAUAUUCUGGAAGAGGAAAUAAAGGCUGGCCUUCUGGACAGUUCGGUGAAGAUCCUUUAUACUUAAAUCACCGCCCGGCUUCUGCGUCUGGAAAUCCUGUUGCAAUCUAUCAUCCAGUAUUUGAGAAAUUUGUGAAAGAUUGCCGAACCGCUGUUCUCACACAGGAAACCUAUGAUCAUGUUGUAGAACUUACUGAAAGCAUGUCUGAUGCGUUCCGUAAUGAAGAUUUACAAACAGACGAGUUUCACCGUUUGCUAGAAAGGUUUAAUAUAACAGUCAACAGAAUUGGUAUUGAUAAGUGCACAACGGAUGGUACCGCGUUGGCUGGAGAUGGAUGUUUUUUUGUUAUCAAUGUUGAAGUGAAGCCUGAACUUGGGGAAGGAAAUGGCUGUCCAUAUAUUCAGGGCAUUGUAUAUUACGGGAAGAGAGUAGCUCAUUAUCUAGAGACAAGGAAAGAACAACGGACACGUUUGCCUUGUUUUAUCUUGUACUUAGCAGGCCCAUUUCUCGGAGUUGCAGGUGUCAUCUAUAGCCAUGGUAAAAUAUUGGCCGACCCUCUAAUCGGACCUAUCCCAUUGAUGUUGCUUCGAUAUGACAGGGAACAAAUGAUGAAAAUUGCGCGAGUGUUCACUGCUCUCGAAUCAGCCUAUAACACGCUUCACGAAUAUUACAAUUCUCCUGAAACAGGUCCACAAUCACUGUGGCCCUAUUAUCAAGCAUUCAAUUAUCAACACAAGCAGGUGGAGUUCGAAUAUAGAGAACAGCUGUAUAAGGAUAAGUUACUUUUUGUGGUGGAAACCAAACAAAAUCCAGACAUCCCUGGCCUGCCUCGGAGAUUACUUGUUAAGUUUACAGAGUCCUAUGGGGAAGCGGUGCACCAAUUCUGUGCUGAUCGUGGAUUUGCCCCUAAACUAUUCGAGUGUUACAAACUCUCUGUGCGAUGGAAAGUGGUAAUAAUGGAAUACUUGGAGGAUUAUGUCAACUUGUAUGAUGCAGUUGAUGCAAAAGCUGAGUGGAAAGAGAAGAUUAAAAAAUCCAUCGAGGAAAUGCACCGUGCUGGAUUUGUGCAUGGGGAUUUGCGAAAGCCCAAUAUUCUUUAUCAAGAAACAGGUGAAUCUAUAAAUGUAGUGCUAGUCGACUUCGAUUGGGCGGGUGAGGCUGGCAAGGUCUCUUAUCCUUCCUUCUUGAACAUUCAAAGUGUCAGAAGACAUUCUGAUGCAAGAUCUGAUAAGGUUAUUACUCCAGAGCAUGAUAUCUUUAGUUUAAGUACAUUGAUGUAA